UACCCCAUAAAAAUAUAGGCAUGAUUGGCCAGAAAAAAUCUUUCACCAUUUGAGAGCAUAGAUCAUUAUUACCUCCAUAGUUCUUAAUAAAAUUGUGCACACACAGGCACAAAAGACUUUUUGAUGAAUUUGAAUGCAGCUCCUGUUCUCCAGUAUAUUCUUAUUUAUUCAAAAAUAUUAAGCAGCUACAAAAAAUAAUAUGCUGUGAUGUGAGGCUACAAAGAUUUUGAAUAAGACAUGACUCCAGCCCUUGAACUUGUAUUUAAGUUAGGGGGGUAUGCAUGCAUGUUGUCUUUACCACACUUAGUACCUGAUAUGUAGUAUAUGUUUGUUUAUUAUUGGCCUUCCCCCACUAGCAUAAAAGCUUUCAGGGCAGUUUUGUCUUAUUCACAGAUGUAUUCCCAGCCCAUAAAAUAAUUUCUAGCACCAUGGUGGGCAUUUAAUAAAUACUUUCUAGAUAGAUAGAUACAACCAAUACAAGGGAAUUUUGUAUUAUGGAUUGGGCCUUCAAAGGUAGGUGGGAUAUUUGCAGAAGAUAGGGAUGAGGGAUUUCCAGGCUGAGGGAAUGGUAAUGGCAAAGACAGGUGAUAAAAUUAAUGUUUAUAUAAUAGCAAAUUGUGAAGUAAGUUAGGUCUGUGAGGUGGUGAAAAAGCUGGAAGACAGGACAACUAAGUCAUUGAACUUGAAUGUCUGCUUUUUAAGAAUCCUAGGCUUUAUCCUGUUAGCCAAGUGGCUUUCGAGUAGGAAAGAGUCAAAGAGGAGCUUUAAAAUUAAUCAGGCAGGCCACGCUCAAGUUUACUUAUCUCAAAAAGAAAAGUUUUUCUCUGAUCUAUGCAUGUCCAAUUCCUAAUAAGAGCCGAGUUUUUACUACCUGUAGAUACAUACUAACCAAUUUACAUGCAUUUAGCUCAUUUAAUCCUCUUAAUCUUUUGAGAUAAACGUAUCCCCAGUCUAGAAAAAAGAAAUCAGCUCUGGAGUGAGUUACAACAACAGUGCAUUGUGGGAAAGAACACAGGUUCAGGGCACAGCAGAAACUUUCAGCAAAUGAUCCCUUUAUUGUACAGGAGAGUCCAGAAGGGGCAAAUCUCUUUGUCAUUUACAUAGCACAAAGAAUCCAAAACAUCGGGGGAAGAAGUCCCAUCAUGCCAGUUUCCCAGGGUUGCUGAAAACUACUCCGUGUCAUACCCCACUUCCCGCCAGAAAAGACAAAUUAUGCUGUGUGAUUUUUUAUCUUCCUUUUCUGAUAAGCAUCUGGGACUGCUUGUUCCUGGUUUAAGGUUUGGUAGGUCCUUUGCAGUAGUCUCCCUCAGGUUGUGGAAUGGUACAGAAUAGAAAAAGAUGAGAGGGUAGCUGAAGGCAGGAGGAUGACCUCUUAAUGUGUUCCGGACUUCCCCAGACAAGGAGGUGUGGGGGUAGUUGACAUUUGGGCAAUGGUUGCUUAACUGAUGGCUGUGACUUCCCUAACAGGCUCAGCAAGGUAAAGUAAUUAGCUCAGGAUCAGAUAUGAGAAAGAAAAUGAAUUGACAGAAAGGGAACAAAGGACAAUGAAGAAUUAAAGAUGACUGGUUUGUCUAGAUGAUAAAAACUGUGGUGCCUAAGAAGUAGUAAUCCCAAACAGAAGGCUUAUGGAACAAAGAUGGCUGGGUUUGAUUUUGAGCUUGGAUGUGUUGAAAUUGAAUUUCUGACAGGACACCUGGUGGUGAGGCUGAAGUAGGAUUGUGUGGGGAUUUCCAAAGACCACCACCAAGUUGGAAGAUUCACUUAGGAGGACUCACAGGACUCAGAAGUUAGUUGUACAUAUGACUAUGAUCUAUUGCAAAAGGAUUCAAAGCAGAAUUAGCAAAGAGAAAAGGUGCAUGAGGCAAAGCCCAAAGGAAACCAGGCACAGACUGCUAAGAGUCCUCUUCCAGUGGAAUCACAGUUUGUGCUUAAUUUCCUCCAAGAACAAUGUAUGAAAUGUUGCCAACCAUGGAAGCUCACUAGAGACUCAGUCCCAAGGUUUUUAACUGGAAGUCAGUCAUGUAGGCACCCUCUGCCUAGCAUGUACCCAAAUUUCAGACUUUCAAAAGAGAGCAGUUCAGCAUAAGCCUUAUCAUUUGCACAAAAGGUUUAGGAAUAGUGAGCCACUCCACAUUUAGGGAAUAGUGGGAACCCUCCCAAAAUCUAAGUUUUAAGACACCAGCCUUCAAAGUAUGGAAGUCUCAGGCUGGGGGUGUUUAACUCUUGUCUGCACAAGAAUUUAAUGAAGAUUCAGCUAAAAAUAAAAUCUCUUAAUUGUAGAUGUUAGUGUUACAGUAAACUAUAAGUCCUAAGUGCUAAGAAUUAUUAUUCAUGGGCUCUAUCUGACAAUGAAGUGAGUGUAGUAUUGGUGACUUAGGAAAUCCUGAUGCAUUAUUCUUAAAUAGCUUUAGGGCAAGAGUUACAAGGUUAGGGGUUGAGAGAAAUUUCUUUUUAGCUAAAUACCCUAUAAAUUUUAUUAAAUCCAAUGGGUACAAAUGCCAAAAUGUUAACUAAUAGCCCCAAAAUGGCUUAAGAAAUACAGAUUUUCCAGCUGAAACAAGAAAAAUACAUUUUGGCCUAAACCAAAACCUGGAAUGUUGGUGUGGGGGAGAUGAAGCAAUUUCCUGAGUUUUUUUUUUUGUUGUGGAGGGUAAAACAGAUGAAAGAAAUGGGAAAAUAAAAUUAUCUCGGUAAUUUUCCAGGAGACUCAGCCUUAACCAUUUCCAAAAUGCAAUACGAAAAAAAAAUAUGUAUCAUUAAAAAUUACUACAGGUAUACACUAAAACUUUAAGGGAAGGUGUUUAAAGUUAAGGUAAUCGAGUAUCAAAAAAGCAAUGAAAAUGGGGCCUGGAACUCUGGAUUUCUAACCAUAAGCUUUAGGACCAUACAAAUAGGCUGAACUGACUGGAGAUUGCCAUGUGUGGCACAGACGAGACUGGGAGAGUUGUAUAUUUUCUUCUCUAAAACACGCAUGCCUUAGAACUUCAGAGACACACAUACUAAGAGUUGGGGGGCCCCAUCCCCCUGCUUUAAACGUAAUCACCAAGAGAAUUUUCUCCUUGGUUUACUUCAAUACUUGCUUUUAAGCAUGUGUAAAAAAUUCUACCUUCUGCGUCAGAGUGGGUGGAGAGAGGGUCUGGGAUGAGAGCAAAUCACUGACUUCCCUCAGGAAGUAAAGUCCACUGGCAGAAGUGCCUAAAUUAGCUCUGCCCUCCUUGGCUCUUUCAAUGCUUGCUUGUUUCCACAGUCUGGUGGAAUCAACUGCCUUAGAAAAAGAGUAACAUUCUAGAAAAUAGACUUUUCUUCCUAAAUUGCCUCAUCUUUGAAGGAUUUCUUUGCUGAAUACCACAUCAAAGGGAUCUUCAGCAUCUAAAACAGACGAGGCAUCAUGCUGAAGAGACAGGGACAGUCCCAACCUUACACUAAACCCCUGGAUGGAGGAUGGGGAUGGAUGGUUGUGUUUCACUUCUUCCUGGUAAAUGUGUUUCUAAUGGGGAUGACCAAAAAUUUUGCCAUUUUAUUUGUGGUUUUUCAAGAAGAGUUUGAAGGCACCUCAGAGCAAACUGGCUGGAUUGGAUCCAUCAUGUCAUCACUUCGUUUUUCUGCAGGUCCCUUGGUUACCACGACUUGUGAAAUACUUGGAGAGAAAACUACAUCCAUUCUUGGGGCUUUCCUUGUUACUGGUGGAUAUGUGAUCAGCAGCUGGGCUACAAGCAUUCCCUUUCUUUGUGUAACUAUGGGACUUUUACCCGGUGUGGGUUCUGCUUUCCUGUACCAAGUAGCUGCUGUGGUAACCACCAAAUAUUUUAAAAAACGACUGGCUCUUUCUACAGCUAUUGCCCGCUCUGGCAUGGGACUGACAUUUGUGUUGGCACCUUUUACAAAAUUCCUGAUAGAUCUGUAUGAUUGGCCAGGUGCCCUUAUAUUAUUUGGAGCUCUCACAAUGAAUUUGGUGCCUUCAAGUAUGCUCCUGAGACCCAUCCAUACCAAAAAUGAGAGUAAUUCUGACAUUAAAGAUGAAGAUAGCAGUUUGUCUGCAAGUAGUCCCAAGGCAGUGUGCAGGACAGAAACAUCACACUGCAAUAAGACCCAGGAGUCUUUCAACAGGGACAAAACUAUGCAGAGGGCUGGACAACUAAGUACAAGUUUAACAGUUUUAGAAAAUCAAAGCAAAGAGCACAAUGGGCCUUCGAGGAACAGACUGCUCCUAAUAAGCAACAAACAAAAUUAUGAGAAAAAGUCUACUUUGUGGAACUGCAAACUCUCUGAUAUUUCUCUCUUUAAGAACCCUUUCUUCUAUAUAUAUACCUGGUCUUUUCUCCUCAGUCAGUUAGCAUAUUUCAUCCCCACUUUUCACCUGGUAGCUAGAGCCAAGACACUGGGGAUUGAUGUCAUGGAUGCCUCCUACCUAGUUUCUGCAGCUGGUAUCACUGAGGCAGUAAGUCAGAUAAUCUCUGGAUGGGUUGCUGAUCAAGACUGGAUCAAGAAAUAUCAUUACCACAAGUCUUACCUCAUCCUCUGCGGCAUCACUAACCUGCUUGCUCCUUUAGCCACCACAUUUCCACUACUUAUGACCUACUCCAUCUUCUUUGCCAUUUUCUCUGGUGGUUACCUUGCAUUGAUACUUCCUGUACUGGUUGAUAUGUCUGGGAAUUCUGAAGUACACAGGUUUUUGGGACUUGCUGGUUUCUUUGCUGGGAUGGCUGUCCUUUCCGGACCACCUAUAGCAGGCUGGUUAUAUGAUUAUACCCAGACGUAUACCUGCUCCUUCUACUUCUCUGGUACAUGCUAUCUACUUUCUUCAGUUUCCUUUUUCUUUGUACCACUGGCUGAGACAUGGAAAAACAAAAAGAAUCUGACCAGAAAGAAAGAAGACUCCAAUCAAGUGAGAGCUUAACAGAAAAAAAAUCUAAACUAAGAAGUCUUAGAAACAAAAGUUUGGAAGAAAAUAUUUUUCUCAUUUGUAAAAUGAGAUGGUAAAGCAGAGAAGUAUUUUUUAAAAAAAUUUUUAAUCACACAGUCUUCCAAGUUCCUUUAUGCUUUAACAUUCUGAGGAAUGUAAUCGGUAACAAAAAAAGAGUACUAGCAACUUAAACUAGGCUGUUUGUUGGUAUUUAAUCAAAUUGCUUACAUUUUUUAUCAGUUGAAGCAGCUACCUAAAUAUUAAAUGAAAAUCAGAGUGUACUCUAAUAAAUUAAUCCAAACUCUGAAUGUGCCAUGGUAACUGACAGUCACUAAAAUAUAUAAAGGUGGAGAAAUAUUUUUCUGCACUUAAAAGGAAUAUAAAAUAUAACCAUUGGUUGACUAAAACAAAUUCUGGAAUCUGAAUGAAUAUUAAAAUCUUGUUUAAAGGGUGACAGUGUGAUUGUGAAAGCCUUAUAGAUCACACUCCCUUUAUCCAGUGGGAUAAAGGGAUGGAUGAGUAGAAAAAUGGGGACAAAAACAAAAU